CCUCCAGGAUCUUACAGUCAUCCUAACAUCUCCAGUCCUCCAGGAUCUUACAGUCAUCCUAACAUCUCCAGUCCUCCAGGAUCUUACAGCCAUCCCGACAUUUCCAGUCCUCCAGGAUCUUACAGUCAUCCCGACAUUCCCAGUCCUCCAGGAUUCUACAGUCAUCCCGACAUCUCCAGUCCUCCAGGGUUUUACAGUCAUCCCGGCAUCUCUAACCCCCCCGAUAUUUCCAGUCCUCCAGGGUUUUACAGUCAUCCUAACAUCACCAGCCCU